AUGGAGGAUGAGGAAGAUUACAACGCAACGUUGAAGAAAGAAGAGCUUGAACUUAUCAAGGACAAAGAAAUCCAGCGGAUUUUGUCCUGCUUCAGAUUGGAUUACUACACUAUUCUUGACACACAGCCCGGAAUCGCUAAGAAAGACAUCAGUAAGAUCUACAGGAAGAAAUCUCUUUUAAUUCAUCCUGAUAAGACCAACAACCCGAAAGCAGUGGAUGCAUUUGAUUUACUACGUAAGGCUUCUCGUGCUCUAGAAGACGACAAGGAACGACUGCCGCUUGACAGUGCUUGGACUGAUGCUAGAAGAGAUCUCAUCCAAGAGAAAGGGUGGACGAUUAGCGACGAUCGACUCUUGAAAUCCGAUUUUCUAAUAGAGUGGAGAGCCAAGGUAAAAGAGGUUUUGAUUGAAGAAGAGUUUGCCAAAAAAGUGGCCUUGAAAAGAGAACAGGUCAAUGAAUCUCGUAAGAGGAAAAUGGAGGAAGAAAGACAGACCGAGAGACAAGUACAGAAGGAAAUAGACAAAAAUUGGGAAAGCCAUAGAUCCGAUCGAGUAGAGAGUUGGAAGAAGUUUUCUAAAAAGAUAGAUCAUAAGAAAUCCAAGAAGAAGAAAAAGAAGGCCAAAUUGUUGAUUUAA